AUGUCAAGUGCGCCAAGUACCCCAGAUCUUCCCCGGGAUAUGGUUUCAAAAUUCCGGAACAGUGGUCCGAAAUCUCGGGCUGGGUGCAUCACCUGCAAGAUUCGUCGUGUCAAAUGCGAUGAGAGGAAGCCUUGUUGUGAGAAAUGUGUUUCGACGGGGAGAACAUGUGAUGGAUAUACGCCCCCCAAGGAACCGAACCCGAAGAAAUCAAAGCGAUCAAAAAACAACUCAGCUACCGAGUGCGUGCUACUCGGAGGUGUCGAGUCGACUUCAGUCAAUACCUAUGUUCCAUCCCUUGAUCUCCAAGCAAGCUGGCCUGAGCGCCGGAGCUUCCACUACUUUCGCUCUCGAAAUCUUUCGAGCAUGCCCGGGAACUUCGAACCGUAUCUCUGGGACAACCUAGUCUUACAGUUCUGUCACGUGUACCCCGCAGUACAACAAUCACUCAUUGCUUUGGGUGCAAUAUACGAGGAGCAUGAAAGGCGUGGCAUGGCGCUGACGACUUCUACCUCGUCUGAUGAGAAUGUGUUAAAGCAAUACAACAUAGCUGUGAAAGGUCUAGUUGACUAUCUUUCCUCAGCAAAUCAGGAUCCUCGCGUGACUUUGAUCUCGUGCCUGAUGUUUGUGUGGAUUGAGUUCCUACAGAGGAACCUAGAUUCAGGUUUCCGACACUUGAACAGCGGCCUUAAGAUCUUGCAAGACUUGCGAGGACCCCAAAUACCAGGGAAAACUUCUCCCGUGAAUGACGAGGCUAAAGAAGACAUCUAUGGAGCCCUGAAUCGCUCCUUCACAAGGCUUAGGAUACAAGCUGCCAUGCAUGGCAGCACCUCUGCCGGUCUAACAACCUCAACCACACGAGCCUUGGAAGCCGUUGGAUUGAUCCCACAUAAUUUUUCAAAUAUCUAUGAGGCUCGAAUAUGUUUGGACAAUGAAUACAAUGCCAAUUUUGGUUAUAUGAGAACACUUCGCGAUGGGGAUAGAUAUUCGAGGUACGAAAACAUGAACGAAGCAACCAUAAAUUCGAUCCGGAUAGCUCAUCUCCAAAGACUUGAGCAGUGGAAACAAGCUACUGGAGCGAUGAUGGCGGGUUCACUUCAACCGUAUGAUCAGACUUUGGAGUCGGGUUGUAUGUACCUCGAGCUGUAUUACAUUUUAAUUACCAUAGCACUCAAGGCGCUGUUAGGAGGCGAAAUGUGUUUUGACGACCACACUAUGGACUUUGAGCGGAUUACAACUCUAUGUGAGAGCCUCAUCCAUGAUCAUCGUCAAGGAAAGCCACCGCCGUUAUCAUUUGACAUGGGUGUCAUACCUCCCCUAUUUUUCCUCAUACUGAAGUGUCGACUCCAGCCAAUUCGUCAAAAAGCCUUGACUCUGUUGAGAUUGGCGCCUGAGCAAGAAGGGAUGUUCCCUCGUGACAGUGCUCUGAAAAUUUGUGAGUGGAAGGUUGCGACGGAAGAAGCAGGAAGAGGCGACUUGCCAUUCGAUCAUUUACUGCCCGAGUCAGCUCGAAUAUAUCAAGAGCACAUAGCGACGAAAGAAAAUUGGGGCGGAGGCUCAGUAAUGUGUAUACAGUACAGAAAGGGGCCUCCUCGCAAUGAUGACUUUGAGAGUGUAGAGCUACCUGUCGAUAUGGAAAUGGUUCAAGGAAUGGGGAAUAUGCUAUAA